UGUUGUUGCCCCCAGCGUAUGCAGUUAGCAGCCACCUGUUGAGUUCAGACGCUUGCCAUCGUCCCUUUCCGCAUUACUCACUUCUCUUUUCCUACACUAACUUAACUUCUUCUGCUACAUUUCCUUUAUACCUUCUUUUUUGUUCUUCAUUAUAAUAAUAUUAUAAUAUAUAUUUUUACAGUUUUCUUCUUCAGCCCUUCUUCAGCCCUUCUUCAAUCCAAUUCACCAUUUCAUCAAAAUCCAAAAACCCUAUUCAGUUAUUCCCUUUGGAAUCGAUUUCAACACUUUAUACCUCUCAGUGAUGAGUUUGCCUCCUUUUUAAUGGCUUACACUCUUCACAAACCUCUUUCACAUCUAACCACCUUUUCAAUACUCUUAUACUUCACUUUAUCUUUCGCUUCUCAGAAUUCGCACCAUGGAUUCUCGAUCCUCGAUUCCGAUUUCGACGCGCUAUUUGGCGACUACACGCCUCCGGCGCCGCCGCCGCCGCCGCCACUGCCUCAUCCGCCCUCGCUCACGUGCCAGGAGGGUCUCAAUGGGACGGGCUCGCUCGCCACCACAUGCGAUCUCAAUUCGAGUCUGCUUUUCGACGGCGACGUGUACAUAGAAGGGAACGGGAGUUUGAACAUACUUCCCGGCGUGAAUUUGAGUUGCCCCGUGUUGGGGUGCGCGAUUUUGAUUAACGUGAGUGGCGAAUUUAGUUUGCAGAGUGGUGCUGUUAUGGUUGCAGGGACGGUGAUGGUGGUUUCGCGGAACGCGAGUUUGUUCAGCGGUUCGUUGAUAAACGUGACUGGACUGGCCGGGGCGCCGCCGGCGCAGACGAGCGGGACGCCGUCGGGGACGCAGGGGGCGGGAGGAGGGCACGGAGGGAGAGGCGCCACCUGUGUUUCGGAUAAUACGAAGCUUCCCGAUGAUGUUUGGGGUGGGGAUGCGUACUCGUGGUCGUCGCUGGAUAAGCCGUGGAGUUAUGGGAGUAAGGGUGGGACGACUAGUAAGGAGGAGAAGUAUGGAGGGGAAGGAGGGGGGAGAAUUAAGCUUAUUGCUGUUGAUUCCGUUGAUGUGUCUGGGGAUCUCUUGGCAAAUGGAGGAGACGGUGGGAUCAAAGGUGGAGGAGGUUCUGGUGGCAGCAUUUUUAUUAAAGCUCAUAGAAUGUNAAAAUACAUAAUAUAA